AUGAAAUUGAUAAAAUUGAAAAAAAAACAAGAUACUGGUAAAGCUGAUAAUGUUAUUGUCAAAAAACAAAGAAGUGAAUCGUCAACAUCAUUAAGUCAAGCAAGUAAAACAUCAUGGGUUGAAGUGUGUUUAUCACAAGAAAAUACUACACAAGCAGACAACACAACAAAUUUAACAACAAGUGAUUUAAAUGUUGAUGUGAUUGCUUGUAAUACAACAACGACAACACCCUGUUGUUUAGUGAAAAUAAAUGACAGCAAGAUGACACCAGAAAUAAAAAAAAUAAAGCUUCAGCAACUACUACCAACGACACUCGGUGAAUUGAAGAAAAAAAUAUCACAAGAGUAUGAACUAUCAACAAAUGUUCAAAAUUGGUUUGUAGGAAAAAAAGUAAACAAUAAUGAUGAAAAUACAACAAUCAACGAGCUGACAAAUUUUGGAAAAAAUUCACUGUAUCUAUUUGUCUCUGCCCCAGUUGUUGAAAUUAAUGAUGCCAAUGAAGAAGAAGAUCAUGUCAAAACUGUUUUAAUUGAGUCAAAUAAUUUAGUUAAUGUUGAGGAUCCUGAUAUUGAAAAAAACGAUGUCAAUGAUGACUCGAUUGUUGUAGAAGAAGAAGAAGAAGAAGUUAAAAUUAUUGCCAAUGAAAUAGUCGAAGAAAUAAAUCUAGAUGAUUUCGAAAUACAAGAUAAUGAAGUUGAAACAAUUCAAGAUGAUAAAAUAAAAGAAUAUGAUGAAUUAAUGUUGCUUCAAAGUUGUGAUAUUGUGCCAAAUGUUGAUGACAUAACAUGUCCAAUAUGUCUGGAUGUUUAUGGACCAGCUGAAGCUGUUGUUCUUCAAGAUUGUCUUCAUACAUUUUGCUGGACUUGUUUGCAAAAUACGAUUCAACAUUCUGAUACACCUGAUGUAUCAUGUCCAUUUAUGAGUGAAGAUAAUAGUACCUGUGAUUCUCAUUUACGUCAACGAGAAAUUAAAGCACUGGUAAGCCCAGAGAUCUUUGAAAAACACUUGGCAAAAUCAGUAACACUUGCUGAAAAUAAAGCUGGCAAAAGUGCUUUUCAUUGUCAAACACCAAAUUGUACAAAUUGGUGUUUUAUUGGCGAAGAUGAUGUUGAAUUUCCUUGUGGAAUUUGUAAUAAAAAAAAUUGCUUAAAAUGUCGUGUUAUGCAUGAUGGACUAAAUUGUUAUGAUUAUCAAGAAAAAUUAAGAAUGUCCAAAGAACCAAAUGGCGAGUCAUUAAAAACUGAAAAUAUGUUGAAAGAAAUGCUUGAGAAAAGAAAACUCAUGAAGUGUCCAGUUUGUGAGGUAAUGUUAACAAAAAUUGCUGGAUGUGAUUCAAUUGUUUGCUCAAUUUGUCGAACAGAACUGUGCUGGCCAACAAAAGGGACUCGUUGGGGACCUCAAGGUAAAGGUGAUACUUCGGGUGGUUGUCGUUGUGGAGUAAACGGAAAAAAAUGUCAUGUAAAUUGUGGCAAUUGUCAUUAA